AUGCAUCGCCGACGACGCGUCGACGACGGCGGUGACGUCGAAGCCGCGGUCGAGCGCCGCGCGUCGAGCGCGCAGGCGUCUCCGGCGGCGGCACCUUUUCGGCCGAGCAAAACGGUGAUUACUUUCGCGAUGACGACGGCGUUGGUGACGUUCGCGUGCGUGAAGAAUGACGUGUACGCGAAGAUGCGGCAUCCAGAAUUUUACAAGACGGUCGAUGCCGCUCGCGGCACCGCGCGUUGGGUCAUCGAGGAACGCGUGAGCGCGUGGAACGGCGUCGGCGCGCACGCGGCGGAGUUUCCCGACGAGUUUGGUUUGAGGCGGGUGCGAAGUAUGUGCGACGACAUCGCGCGAGGCUCGCUCGGCGCCGCGUAUUGGCCUUUGAACGUGAACUCGUCUGGAUUUUCGGAUUCGCGCGCGCUUUGCGAAGCGCUCGACGAUUUACCGGGCGCGUUACGGUUGCACACGUUGAAAACGCCGAGCGUCAUGCGGCUCAAGUACGCCUUCGCAGCGAAAAUACCGACGUUUAAUCGCGGUUACGGCGUCGAGACUUACCUAUCUCGAGAGAUUGCUCGAGGUCCAUUCGCGGCGCGGUCGUACAAGGACGCGACGGCGCUCUUCAUCCCUGUCAGACCGUACCUACAGCGACUGCUCACGGUUGAAGCGUACGUCAUGAGGGACCCGAUUAAAGGGACGAACAACAACGCCGCGGUUCGUCAAGCGAUUCGAGAUAGACUAUCUCGCGACAUUGAGCGCGUGAAAGCGAUGAACACCCAGGCGUGGACGUCCAAACACAAGUGCGCGCGCGUCGUCAUUACAAAUAUAGACAUUGGACUCUCGGCGUUUGAUUCGUCCGAUGAUGAAGUCCGACACGGUGCCGUCGUGCUAACUGGCAACUCCGAAUUGCCGAUACAAAAUCCAGAAGACGCCAAAGACGACCAGGCGAAACUGAGAAGAGCGAACGCCGUGCAAGCUGGUUUUGAUCCAGAUCGUGACGUCGCGAUUUGGUUCGGGAUGUCGAGUCAUCUACCUCGCGAAGUCGUGCGCAUGGGCGCGCUCAAAUCGACGAACGUAAGAACCAUUGAAGUUUCAUUUCGAGGAUCCAUGUAUCGGGGAGGCGUGCGACGAGUCGUGUUUCCAACUUUAAAGCAAGCCGGGGCGGGAAGGGGGUGGGACUUGAGUACGAGCGGACAAGACAAGCCGCGAGACUACAUGAUGUUGCUGUCCAAAAGUAGGUAUUGCCUGUACGUGUACGGCGAUCGCGCGCACACCGCACGGUUGUACGAUAUUAUCACAUUUGGUUGCGUGCCCGUGAUUGUUGCGGACGGCUAUGAUCUACCAUUCAGUUGGCUCUUCGAUUGGUCGAAAUUCAGCGUGAGAGUGCCCGAAGACGACGUAGCGAAGUUGCCAGGAAUCCUCGACCAGGCCGAUUACGAUUCUUUGCGCGGAGAGCUCGUGAAGGUUCAUUCAUUUUUUCAAUACCACGCGCGUGGAAGUGUUUUUGGCGACGCGUUCUGGAUUACCAUGUUAGGCGUGCGGCGGCAGCUCGCGAAGUGCGCGACAAGCGCGUAG